UACUAGUGAUGCUUUGCUGCAGCGUUACAGUUUCCGACACCUUCUUUUUAUAACUCGGCUCUGUCCCCCUUCCACUCGACCUGUCAAAACCACGCCUAUGGAGCCACACAAUUGGUCCGAAAGCGUCAAAGAGCCAAUCAAGGAGGCUCCAGCUCCCUUGUAACCCACAACACAUCCAUACAAUCUGGUGCACGCAGAGCCCAGACUCACAGGGAAUUCUCAGAGCUGAGAGGCUCCUUCUCCCUCUCUCUCUUUCUCUUUUCCUCUCUUUCUCCCCUCCCCUUUUUCUCUUCCUUUCUCUUUCCCUCUCUCUUUCUCCCUCUCUCCUUUGCUGGAGCGCUGCUGGAGAGGAGACAAGAGUGUAAUUCUUCCAGAUUUUUUUUUUUUUUUAAGGCAGAGUGAAAAAGAAAGAGAGGGGAAAAAAAUAAAAAAAAAGAAAAGGAGGAGGGUGAAAGAAAGAAGAGAUCCUGAUGGAAAUCAGGGCACCCUGACCAGCUCCUGCUUGGAGAGGGGGACAGGCGAGGCGGAAACGAGAUUUCCCUACAAGUUUUUGCUGCUGAAGGUUGCUCAGGAGCCUUCCUCGGUCGGCGAGGGGGGGUGGGUUUGUUUGCUUCUUUCUGCUUUCCCUCCCUUCCCAGCCUCUGCUCCGCAGCCUGACCGUACGGAGGAAAGGUGGAGGGGUGGGGGGGAGGGGGGGGGGAGAGCCAGCCACCCAAAAAGAAAACCCAGCUUCGAGCCGUCACCCUCCGCCACGAAAGAAGAGAAGGGGGACUGAGACUAAGAGAAAGAAGAAGAAGAAGAAAAAAAAGGAUCUCGGCUUGUCCAGCCCUUCUGCGGCAACAGGAACAGACAGCGAACCCGGUGGAUUUUUUUUUUUUUUCCCCUUCUUCGGCGUUUCUUUUCCAGCGCAAGGACUUCCACUCAGGAAAAAAAAAAAACAAAACCAAACCGCAGAGACCGAACACAAAAAAAGCAAGACUAAUAAUGAACAAUCCUGUUAAUCCGCUGUCCCGAGGGCUGGGGAUGUGCCCCGGCUCGGGAAGUUGUAGGCUGUAGAAGUUCUGCCUCUCCCCCAUGUACUGUGCUGUCUAGAGCUUGUUUCCCCCCACCCUAUUUUUUGGUGCUUUAUUGCUGUUACUGUUAUUAUCUUAAUUUUUCUUCUUCAUGAUGUGCUGUUAGAAAACCACUCCGGGACUACUCCAGCAGUAGGAAGACCGAGGAGUGGAGUGGAUGAAUAUACCGAUGAGAGAUCCAGUAAUCCCUGGGACAAGCAUGGCUUAUCAUCCUUUUUUACCUCACCGGGCACCGGACUUUGCCAUGAGCGCUGUGUUGGGACAUCAGCCUCCCUUCUUCCCGGCUCUGGCUUUGCCUCCCAACGGGGCGGCCGCCCUCUCCCUUCCCGGGGCUCUGGCUAAACCCAUCAUGGAUCAGUUAGUGGGGGCUGCAGAGACUGGUAUCCCCUUUUCUUCUCUGGGUCACCAGGCAGCAGCCCAUCUGAGGCCUUUAAAAACUCUGGAACCAGAAGAAGAGGUAGAAGGACCGAAAGUGCAUCUGGAAGCCAAAGAGCUUUGGGAGCAAUUCCAUAAAAGAGGCACGGAGAUGGUGAUUACCAAAUCGGGAAGGAGAAUGUUUCCUCCAUUUAAAGUGAGAUGCACUGGACUGGAUAAAAAGGCCAAGUACAUUUUAUUGAUGGAUAUUGUGGCGGCUGAUGAUUGUAGGUACAAAUUCCAUAAUUCCCGGUGGAUGGUAGCCGGCAAAGCUGACCCUGAAAUGCCAAAGAGAAUGUACAUCCACCCGGACAGCCCGGCCACCGGCGAACAAUGGAUGUCCAAAGUCGUCACCUUUCACAAGCUGAAGCUCACUAACAACAUCUCUGACAAGCACGGAUUUACCAUUUUAAACUCCAUGCACAAGUACCAGCCCCGGUUCCACAUCGUCCGAGCCAACGAUAUUCUCAAGCUUCCCUAUAGCACGUUCAGGACCUACGUUUUCCCGGAGACUGAAUUCAUCGCAGUGACCGCAUACCAGAAUGAUAAGAUCACUCAAUUAAAAAUUGACAACAACCCCUUUGCCAAAGGUUUUCGAGACACCGGGAAUGGAAGGAGGGAAAAAAGGAAGCAGCUGACCCUGCAGUCCAUGCGGGUGUACGACGAGAGGCAGAAGAAGGAAAACCCCACCUCGGACGAGUCGUCCAACGAGCAGACGGCCUUCAAGUGCUUCGCCCAGUCCUCCUGCCCCGCCGUGCCCGCCGUCGGCACCUCCAGCCUCAAAGAUCUCUGCCCCAGCGAGGGAGACAGCGAUGCAGACAGCAAAGACGAUCCCUUGCUAGAAGGCAACGAAUCGGGCAAAAUCAGCACGACCACAGCCACCACCCCAGCGCCGGCCAGCUCCGCCGCGGCGGUGGGAGACGAUCCCCGGGAGAAGGGGGGCAGCCCCUCCAAAAGCCACUUUUUCCCCAGUGACUCGGUGGGAAGUCGAAGCCGAGAGAGAACGGAGAAAGCUCCUCCGGACUCCCGGCACAGCCCGGCUACUAUCUCUUCCAGCACCCGGGGGGGAAGCCUGAGCGGCGAGGACCUGAAAAGCCCCCUCAGGGAUGGCCCCAAAGUAGAUGAGAACCGCCUGUUGGGUAAAGAACCCUUCGCCCCCCUCACGGUGCAGACCGACAGCACGGCCCACCUGAGCCAGGGACAUUUGCAGAACCUCGGUUUCCCCCCUGCCCUGGCAGGCCAGCAGUUCUUCAACCCGUUGGGGAACGGGCACCCGCUUUUGCUGCACCCCGGGCAGUUUGCCAUGGGGGGGGCUUUCUCCGGUAUGGCCGCUGGUAUGGGUCCCCUGCUCGCCACCGUCUCGGGGGCGUCCGCCGGUGUCUCGGGACUGGACAACACGGUUAUGGCCACGGCGGCGGCCCAGGGACUUUCGGGAGCAUCGGCGGCUGCUUUGCCUUUCCAUCUGCAGCAGCACGUCCUGGCUUCGCAGGGCCUGGCCAUGUCUCCCUUCGGAAGCCUCUUCCCCUACCCCUACACCUACAUGGCGGCAGCGGCCGCGGCCUCCAGCGCCGCCUCCAGCUCGGUGCACCGGCACCCAUUCCUCAACGCCGUACGCCCGCGCCUCCGCUACAGCCCCUACCCGCUGCCCGUCCCCCUGCCCGACGGCAGCAGCCUCCUCACCACCGCCCUGCCCGGCCUGGCCGCCGGUUCCGGCGAUGGCAAAACCGGGGGGUUGACCACCAGUCCCGGUUCCGUGCCCCUGGACUCCGCCUCGGACCUCACCAGCCGCUCGUCCACCCUCUCCUCCGGUUCCGUCUCCCUCUCCCCCAAACUGGGCGCGGACAAGGAGGCGGCCACCAGCGAACUGCAAAACAUCCAGCGCCUGGUCAGUGGGCUCGACCCCAAGCAGGACAGAUCCCGCAGCGGCUCCCCGUAACCCCCCCCAGCCUCCGGGAGCUCAUUUCAAAUCAGUCUCGCAGUGCACUUUGUUUGAAAGAAACCACAUCCUCCACCCCGCGAGUGGUUUUUUGUUUUUUUUUUUAUCCCCCUCCUUUAUUUUGGUUUUUUCUUCCCCUUUCUAUUUUUUUUUUUUUUUUAAAAUAUAAAAUCCCCCAGCGUUGUGCGCGUGCUUAUCAGCAAAAAGGUAUCUGGCGAAGCACGGGGGUGAGGGUAGGGAGAGGGUCGGGGAUGGGGGAGCGGAGCCGAGGUGGGAGAGCUGGGUCGGAGGCUGCUCGUAGGGAGCAGGCUGGCCCGGCCGGGUCACCAGCGGGGUUGUGGCAUCCUCCUUUUUCUUUUUUUUUUUUUUUUAAACUGUGUAAAAAAAACCAACAAAAAACAACAGGAAAAAAAAAGAAAAAAAUACCUAAAAGCAAAAAUAAAACAAAAAAAAAGCAAACAAGCGUAUGAAUAAAAAUUAAGUAAGAGAAGUGAUUUUUUCUUUCCAAAAGAGAAGUGUGUAAGUAACUCGCAUAUCGGUUCUUCAACAGUUGUUUCCUGGGCGGGUUGUUAACAACAACCCCCUCAGUCAAUAUUAAGGGAAGCUGUGUGUUUAAAAUAUUCUUGUGAUGUCUGAGAGCCAGUCGGUGGCUUUUUUUGCAUGUUCCAUAGUAGUCUGCUUUUUUUUUGUGGGGGUGGGUGGGUUAUUUUUUUAUUUCGGUGGGGUUUUCUUGUUUAUUUUUAAUGCUCGUUUCAAAUCCCAGGGAAAAAAUUAAUAAUAAUAAUAAUAAUAAAAACAAAAAUAAGACCCUCGUCCCUCUACCUUAAACAUCCUCCCUGUAGCAACCACAAUAAGAAGUGUAGUUGGAAAGAAAAAAAAAAAAGGUGAAUUUAUUUUAUCUAAAAACCUCUGUAGCUUGACUGUAGGUUUAUCACAGCUUUCCCUCUUUAAUUGUAUAUGCAAUAACAAGGUUUAAACAUACUGAGAAGAAAAGAAGAGCGGACACUAUUAUUAAAACAAAGUAUUUAUGUAAUUAUUUGAUAACUCUUGUAAAUACGUGGAAUAUGAAUACUCGAAAUUAAACUUUAAUUUAUUGACAUUGUACAUAUCUCUGUAAAUACGACUGCAGCUGUCUUUUUUUUUCCUUCUAUUUUUAUUUUUAGUCGUUUUCAUUUCAAGGUCGUAAUUCCUUUAAACAUAUACCCCGACCCAGAGGAGAAAUACCCCCAUUUCUGAGGGCUCACUUUUAAAUCGCAGUUCACCCCAGAAAACCUGACCUCGUCCUUUUGUAAAGGAGCCGAAUGCAAAAGGCAAAGCAGAAACAAACAAAAUUAAUCAAAGACCUUAAAAAAAAAACAAAAGAGAGAAAAAGAAAAAGCAAUGUGCCAUCGUAGCUUUUAAUCCUCGAUUUCUUCAGUGUUCAAAGCGCUACUUUCCGUAUAAAAUGUCAACAACAAAAAAAUUAUAUACGUUAAUACACGACAACAGGCUUCUCCAGUGGCUUGAGAGAAAAAAGAUGAAGAUUCUAGGAUUUUCUUUACUUUGUAUUAUUUUUCCCCAUUUCCUUGGUGUGUCAAAAACCAACCCCACGAUGGAGUUUUACUACUGUGCUUAUUGUUGUCUUUGUUUGAGUGAGUGCAUAUUUUCUUGGCUUGAAAGUCAGGUGCUCAGAGCUGGUUCAAAGAAAAAAAAAAUAUGAAGGUAUAUUUUGUGUUAUAUAAAUGUUGAGAAGUUCUUGCUAUUUUUUUUCUGUAAUUUUUUUUUUCCCUUUUAAAAGUCACUGAAGUUUCAAUAAAUUUUUAUUGAAAUGUC